UGUCUGUUUCCGGUGCUCCCGGUUUGGUGUCCGGGUGCCGCAGCAGCGCGAACUAUUGGUUCCGUUUGGUGCUCUAUGUACCGAGCGGGAUGCUCAGCGGCGCUACCAGAAGCGGAGACAGGAGUGUGGGAGCUUUCUUCAGGAGGGGGCCCGGUGUCAGGUUAGCUGCGGGUGUAAAAUGAUGAAGAACUGGGGUAUAAUUGGUGGCAUUGCUGCAGCAUUAGCAGCUGGGAUAUAUGUCCUGUGGGGUCCAAUCACAGACAGAAAGAAACGAAAAAAAGGGCUAGUACCAGGCUUGCUAAAUUUGGGAAACACCUGUUUUAUGAAUUCUCUGCUCCAAGGUUUGUCGGCCUGUCCGUCAUUUAUUAAGUGGCUGGAGGAAUUUACAUCAAAAUACCGGACAGAAAUGGGUCGAAUAGAGCAUCGCUACCUCUCUGUUACAUUGCUGCAACUGCUGAAAGCACUGUCUAGUCAGGAGUCUGCAGAUGAUGAUACAUUGGAUGCUAGCUCCCUCUUGGAAGUCUUACGAAUGUAUAGGUGGCAGAUCUCUUCUUUUGAAGAACAGGAUGCUCAUGAACUGUUCCAUGUGCUAACAUCAUCUCUAGAAGAUGAGAGAGACCGUGAACCUCAAGUAGUUAAUCUGUUUGAUGUCCAAUUUCUUGAGGUACUUCCACAGAAUUCUGAAGGACAGAUCCAUUGCCGAACACAAGGAAUUCUUCGUCCCAUUCCAAAUCACUGGAAAUCUCAGCAUCCCUUUCAUGGAAGACUCACGAGUACCAUGAUCUGCAAGCACUGCCAGCACCAGAGUCCUAUGCGAUAUGAUACAUUUGACAGUCUUUCUUUAAGCAUUCCUGCUACAACGUGGGGACGUACUAUAACACUGGAUCAUUGCUUGCAGCAUUUCAUUUCUACUGAGUUGGUUAAGGAUGUUGUCUGUGAAUUUUGCACCAAAAUUCAAGCUAAUGAGAGACAUAAUGGGCAAUUGGUGGAAAAUCGGAAGACAUUUGUCAAACAGCUGCAACUAGGAAAGCUCCCACAGUGUCUCUGCAUCCACUUGCAGCGUCUUAGUUGGUCUAAUCAGGGAAGCCCCUUGAAACGCAAUGAGCAUGUUCAAUUUGGCGAGUUUCUGAUUUUAGACAGAUAUAAGUACAGGGUCACCAAAAGUGAAACAUUCUGCCGACCGAGCUGCCAUCAAGCGGAUGCCAUUCAAAAGAUAUCAGAGGGACAAGCGGUUUCUGAUGGUCUUCACACUCCCAAGUCUCAAUUCCUAAAUGGAGCCUGUUCUUCCUCAUUACUUUCACAUGAGUUCACAAAUCCACUGACACCAUUUUCUGAAUGCACCUCCCCCACCUAUCUCUUCCGUCUUAUGGCGGUCAUAGUUCACCACGGUGACAUGCACUCUGGACAUUUUGUAACUUACAGACGCUCCCCUCCUGCAGUUAGGUCUUCAAAGCCGCCUAGCCAGCAGUGGCUAUGGAUUUCAGAUGAUACUGUGCGAAAAGCCAACCUGCAGGAGGUCCUCUCCUCUAGUGCUUAUUUGCUCUUCUAUGAACGGGUCAGGUCCAAGCUGCACUGCCCAGGGCAAGAAUUCUUUUCCGAAUAG